UGCCCGAGUGCGGAUGGGCAGAGCGGUCGCCGCGAACCAGACUCGCGGCAUCGCACUAUUCCCGCAAUAGUACCGGCGCUCGCCUCCCACCAGGCACGAUGAAGCUGAACCUGGGCGCACUGGGCAACGUGGACCGCGCAGAGCUGAAGCGUGACGGGCUGACGCUGUUCAGCAGGCUCAUCCGCACCAAGAAUGUGGAGUCGAUGCAGGGCGACGCGGCGCCGGCCACCAAGGGCGCCCCCGCCGUCGUCACCACCCGCUCCGACGACCACCCCGAGAAGAAGCUCAAGCUCAAGAAGUGCCUGACGACGCUGGACCUGACCUCGCUGGGAGUGGGGUCCUGCGUGGGCACCGGCAUGUACCUGGUGGCUGGCAUGGUCGCCAAGUCCGUGGCCGGGCCCGGGGUCAUCUUCUCCUUCAUCAUAGCCGCCAUCGCCUCCAUCUUCUCUGGCGCGUGCUACGCGGAGUUCGGCGUGCGGGUCCCGCACACGACGGGCUCGGCCUACAUGUACUCGUACGUGACGGUGGGCGAGCUGGUGGCGUUCGUGAUCGGCUGGAACAUGGUGCUGGAGUACCUGAUCGGCACUGCCGCCUGCGCCUGUGCGCUCUCCGCCUGCCUGGACGCCCUCGCAGGGGGCGCCGUGUCGCGGGGCGUCGCCUCCAGCGUCGGCACAAUGUUCGGUCGGCCGCCGGACUUCCUGGCGUGCCUCAUCACGCUGCUGAUGACGCUGGUGAUGGCGGCCGGCGUCAAGAAGUCGCUCAUCUUCAACAACGUGCUCAACGCCAUCAACCUCGCCGUCUGGGUGUUCAUCAUGUCGGCCGGCCUCUUCUACGUCGACGGCCGCAACUGGUCCGAGUCCAAGGGAUUCCUGCCCUUCGGCUGGUCCGGGGUGCUGACGGGGGCGGCGACCUGCUUUUACGCCUUCAUCGGCUUCGACAUCAUCGCGACGACCGGCGAGGAGGCGACCAACCCGCGCCGCUCCAUCCCGCUGGCCAUCGUCGCGUCGCUCAUCGUCAUCCUGAUCGCCUACGUCACCUCCUCCAUGAUGCUGACGCUCAUCGUGCCGUACAACAAGGUGGACGCCGACUCGGCGCUGGUCGAGAUGUUCGGCCAGGUGGGCGCCUACAAGUGCAAGUGCAUCGUGGCCGUGGGCGCGCUCGCCGGACUCACCGUCUCCAUGUUCGGCUCCAUGUUCCCCAUGCCGCGCAUCGUCUACGCCAUGGCCCAGGACGGACUCAUCUUCCGGACACUGUCUCGCGUGUGGCAGGCCACGGGAACCCCAGCCAUAGCAACCUUCAGCUCUGGGGUAGCUGCUGCGUUGGCAGCCCUGCUCAUCCAGCUUGAGGUGCUGGUCGAGAUGAUGUCCAUCGGGACGCUGCUGGCGUACACGCUGGUGUCGACGUGUGUGCUCAUCCUGCGCUACCAGCCGCACUCCACCAACCUGGUGGAGCUGCUGCCCCAGUCGCUGCGGACGCCCAUCCGCGGCUCGCCCACCAAGGAGAACCUCAGCAACGGACAGGUGCUGUACGGAAACCAGCUGCAGCCGGACCAGCUGCGAGCGGCGCUGGGAGGCAGCGGCGGCGGCGGCGGCGGCGGCGCCACGACGCUGGGGGCGGGCGUGGGCGUGGUGGCGCCCGGCCCGCCCCUCUCGCACCACGGCGCCCACCACCAGCGCGUCAUGGUGCGCCGCGUCACCCGCAGAUACUCCUCCCCGGACAGCGACGACACGUACCCCGGCGAGGAGCCCGAGGAAGAUUUGUCGAUGCGGGACGAUCAGUUCCUGGUGUCCGACCGCAGCGAGAACAAGUUCUACGGCUCGCUGCACGGCGCCGGCGGGGGCGGCGGGGGCGGCCUGGGGCUCGGACUCGGCGGCGGCUCCGGCUUGGGGGCGGGCGUCUCCGCCCCCGGCCUCGGCUACAUCGGACGCCGCCUCCACGCGGCGACGUACCUGUGCCCGGCCAUCUUCCCCUGGGUGGACACGGGCCCGGCCACCGAGGAGUCGGGCAUGUUCGUGAUGAAGAUGGUGGGCGUGCUGUACGUGCUCAUCCUGACCUUGGACAUCACGGUGGCCGCCUCCGGGGGCAGCGGCGGCUCCUGGCUGGCCGCGGCCCUCUCCGUCACCGUGCUCGCCAUCAUCGGCGUGCUGCUCGCUAUCUCGAGGAAGCCCCAGAACAGGAAGACGUUGCUCUUCAUGACACCAGGCUUGCCGUUCGUGCCAGCAGUGGCUGUCACUGUCAACAUCUACCUCAUCUUCAAGCUCUCCAUCCUCACACUGGUGCGCUUCACCGUCUGGAUGGCCAUCGGCUUUGGUGUGUACUUCUACUACGGCAUCAAACAUAGCACACUGGAGGAGGAAGAACAACAGAGACUCCGUGAAGAACAAGAGGAGGAGGAGCAGCGCUCCGUGUCCGGCAUCCAAGGGGGCAUCGGCGGAGGCUCCGACACCGGGGGCGGCAUCGAGAUGUCCGUGUCGCCCGCCAGGCAGACGCCCCAGGUGCCGGUGCAGACCGCGGGCUCGGCACCCGUAGCGGCAACUGGCAGGGCCUCCGACCUGUUCGUUCCGCCGACCCAUUUUCCGACGUGGGACGAUUGAGGCGGUGGCCGUCGUGGAGGCAGGACCGUAGCAGCUGGGGUUCGGGGCCCUGCUGUGACGUGCCACGGACCGAGCGAGUGGUGAAUGGCGAGUGAAGUGACCGGCAGCUGUGGCGGGCGAGACUGUGGGGGCGGUAUGACCGGUGCCCGCGUUCCCGGUGCCUGCUCACGUAUGGGGUCAGUGACGAGAUGGACUGCGUGGAGUGUGGUGGCCGGGGAGUCUGCAGGCGUCAAACGGUGCACGGUACAUCCCCGUCUUCGGUCUGCUGACAAACUGACCGAAGCAGCCCGGAAAACUGUCUCGUCAUGUGAAGCAGUGAUCGGCAGUGAAUUUGACUGUCGAACGACUGAAAAUUCGCCAGUUACUUAGCUGACAUAGAGGCAAUAUGAACAGCUGUGAUGCAGCACAGAGGAUCCAUUUUCAGGUGUCAGGGGAUGGCUCUAGACUCCACUGUCCAGCUCCUUUCCUGAGGAACAUCUCGGGUUGUUGUAACUGGAGUAUUUCCUAGCAUUUACUGCUCGAUUUCAGUCAUCAAACCUUGCUGUGAUGUAAAUGUUGAGACCUUACACUCAUUCGUAAUGAAAGCUACUGACAUGCUUGUGCAACUGUGUUUUGUGUAGAGGUGUUCAGUUAUGCCCUGAUAAUUGCAGCAAUAUUAAUUUGCAGAACUUUUUGGCAAUACAGUUAGAAGAAGUAACAGCACCAAAACUGUCCACACAAAACACCUCAGAGUGAGGGAAUGUGACAGUGUUGAUGGUGAUCCGACCAUCACAUUUCCACAGCCUUUCUUGAUGAGGUGACACUUCUCCCAUUGUCUC